AGAGUAUUGAACGUGUGUACGUGCGUACAUGCAUGUAUGUGUGCGUGUGUGUGUGUGUAGACUCCCCUUUUCUGAGAAAUAGAAUAGAGGUCACCCAUGCCUUCCUUCCUCCCCAAUACCUACCCAGUUCCAAGUCUAUUCCCACCUCUGUUUAUGGUCCAAAGUCCUGGCGUUGGCGAUGCCAGGUUCAGCAUGCUCAGACACACAGGGGCCCUGGAUGGACCCUGUCCCCUCCCCUCCCACUGCCCAGGGCUGUCCACCUGGUUCUUCAGGCUUCAGCCCCCUCCUUAGCCUGGGCUCUUCGUGGUGCUGAGGGACCUUCAGUCCUGUCCAGUGCUAUCAUGACAAAGGAUUAUCAAGAUUUCCAGGACCUGGACAAUGAGAACGACCAUCACCAACUCCGGAGAGGGCUGUCUCCCACUCCACGGCUCUUGCAGCGACUCUGCUCUGGAUUCCGCCUCCUCCUGCUUUCCUUGAGCCUCAGCAUCCUGUUGCUGGUGGUUGUCUGUGUGAUCACAUCCCAAAAUUCCCAACUCCGGGAAGAUCUGCUGGCUCUAAGGCAGAAUUUCAGCAACUUCACUGUGAGCACUGAAGACCAGGUCAAGGCCCUGAGCGCCCAGGGAGGCAGUGUGGGAAGAAAGAUGAAGUUAGUGGAGGUGCAGCUGGAAAAACAGCAGCAGGAUCUGAGUGAAGAUCACUCCAGACUGCUACUGCACGUGAAGCAGUUAGUGUCUGAUGUGCGGAGCUUGAGUUGUCAGAUGGCCGCACUCCACGGCAACGGCUCUGAAAGGACCUGCUGCCCCAUCAACUGGGUGGAGUAUGAAGGCAGCUGCUACUGGUUCUCCAGCUCCGUGAGGUCUUGGACGGAAGCUGACAAGUACUGCCAGCUGGAGAAUGCCCAUCUGGUGGUGGUGACCUCCUGGGAUGAGCAGAAAUUCGUCCAGCACCACAUGGGCCCCUUAAACACCUGGAUCGGCCUCACUGACCAGAACGGGCCCUGGAAAUGGGUGGAUGGGACGGACUACGAGACAGGCUUCAAGAACUGGAGACCAGAGCAGCCAGAUGACUGGUAUGGUCACGGCCUAGGAGGGGGCGAGGACUGCGCCCACUUCACUUCGGAUGGCCGCUGGAAUGAUGACGUCUGCAGGCGGCCCUAUCGCUGGGUCUGCGAGACAGAGCUGAGCAAGGACCAUUAGGAACCUCCCUUCCCCUGAUUUAUUUCCUUAACGCCUUGAGCUGCUGAGGUUUAGAAUUGGGAGAGAUCCUGCCUAAGGGUCUCCCCGCCUUUGGGAGUUUUCAUCUAGGAUUUUAAGGGACUGGUAAAGAACGGUGUUUGAGGAAUGUCGUAUGAUGCCUGGUGGUGGGGUGGCUAUUGAGACCCGUGGCGCAUCGUGCAGCGUGCAGCUCGCUGCCGUCAGCUUGUUUUUUUUUUUUUUAGAGUAAAAAGAAGAGAAAUAAACAUUCA